AUGCCAGAAUACGAAGUUGAUGAGAUUAUUAACCGCAUGAAAAGCCAUAAUAACGUACAGGCUGUACUUAUUAUAAAUCAGGAGGGAGUACCUAUCUAUUCAAGUACGAGCGAUGAGGAGUUUGCCAUGGAUCAUGCGGCACUUUUAUCACAGUUAACUAUGAAGGCCAAGUCUAUGAUUUGCAGUCUAGAUCCGACUGACGACAUGGCGUUCUUACGCAUUCGCUCCAAGAAGCACGACAUUAUGAUUGCACCUGACAAGGAAUACGCACUAAUAGUAAUCCAGAACCUAACUAAUACCGGUAUGAAGCUCGACAACACUAGUAACAAUUAG